AUGUAUGAAUGCAACGAGAAUGCCCCAUCACCCACACAUUUGACAUCCAAAGAUAGUCGUUAUCAUGAUUCUGACAAUUCCCCAUCUCGACCCCGAGCAGCUGCAUCUCGCAAUAGUUCCAUAGCAGGACCAGGAACAGAAACCCUGUUCUCACUGGGCUCCCACACAAACAGCCAUUCUAUAAGCAGUAACCCUGGCAUCAUACUGACCCCUCCUUCCUCCACAACCCUCUCCACCCCUUCAAGUACCCACCUCACCGACCCAGCCGCCUCUACCACAGCCGCGUUAGCGAUAUUCCCAAACAAAAAUACUAGCACAAACACCAGAAGCACCAGCACACGAACAACCAAUACCCAACGCCAACUAGAACCCACCCCUGAACUCUCCGACACGGGCUUCUACCGCCAACGCGCCGAGCUCGCAGCCCAUUCCGGCCACGAACUGAUCAACGUACCUCACAGCCAGCGCCUGCAUCCUCACCAUCACCGUCCAUCACCGCGCCAAUCCCAGGUCUCGUCGACUUUGAGUCCCAAUCUCCGUCCCCCACCUGCCAUACCGAUCGUCACUGCGGACGGCGUGGUGCUGACGUCCAACUUAGACCAACUGGCCAAGGAUUCUAGCCCUAGGAGUGCUGCCGGGUCUGACGAGGACCAUGUCAUGAGCUUCAUGCGGUAUGAUGCCGCCAAGGACGCGAUGUUACCGGCCUAUCAGGCCAGCUUGGGGAGGUCGUCGACUGGGAGUGCGAAUGUCGCUGGCAAUGAGAAUGUCAGUGCUUGGGAGGAGAAGGAGAGAAGGGAGGUCAGACAUUGA